CAAUGGCACGCAGUUCCGUGGCCACAAAACGCGAUGGUCCCAAGGCAUCUAAGAAGUCCCCCAAGGAACACACUGUCCUGGACAAGUACAAACUCUCGUUGCACCGUCAAGCAAUCGCUAAAGCGCAGAUGCUAAAAUCCAUAAGCAGGGGAAGAGAUAAAAUCCAAGUUUCCGAGCCUGCCUUGAUACCCUCUGGUUCGGAUGAGGGUAUCAAUUUCGGGGAGCCUAUAUUGCUCCAGAGCCUUGCUCGCUCUGCAAAUGAAUCAGAGUCUGACCGUCACAUAUCAAAAAAACGGAGAUUGGGUUCGGAGACAGAGCUCUUGCCAAUGGACCUAGAUGUCACUGCUUUAGACGAGGUGCCCACUCCCGAGAAGGAUGAGGAACAUCCCCCAGAGCCUCCUGCUUCUGCACGAAUUCGGGAUGAACGGCCCUUCCCUGCAUUUCCCAAACCUAUUAAGCCAUUGGCUCCCAGUCGUUCUGUUCUCCUUCGUCAAGGCCUAGAUCAGGCCGUCGUUGAGGCCAAGAGGGUCGAUUGGUCAGACACCCUCCUUAUAAACCCCACUGCCGCAGAAGAUUCUUCAGGUCUAUCUGAGAGCACGCGGGCAAAGUUGGCUAAGCUGGGUAUAAGCCAUCUUUUCGCAGUACAAAAGGCAGUCUUGUCUUACCUUUUGCCCACUAAGUCGAGCGGGGUAAGAUCGCUGUAUGCUCCAUACAACCCGCCCCGAGACCUAUGUGUCUCUGCUCCGACUGGGAGUGGAAAAACUCUGGCUUAUGCCCUGCCUAUAAUAGAGCUGCUUUCUAAACGAAUAGUGACAAGAUUGCGCGCAUUGGUCAUAGCGCCGACACGAGAGCUGGCACAUCAAAUCUAUCAGACCUUCCUGAAGAUAGGCGGGAAACCGUUGAAGAUUCGGGUGGCUUCAGGUGAGACAUCAUUAGCCCAUGACCAGGAGAACAUCGUUGGGGGAUCCCCUCAGUCACUCCGCGGUGGUCAGAGCAUGGUGGACGUACUUGUAUGCACUCCUGGACGUCUUUUGGAUCUGUUGAGCAACACACCAAAUUUCACAUUGCAACACCUUCGUUACCUAGUAAUCGAUGAGGCGGAUCGACUUUUAGAUGAUUCUACUAACAAUUUCCUUCCUAAUAUGCUUGCUGCACUCCAACCUCCUCUUCAACCAACUGUCAACCCAUCAGCUACCGGAAGUAUCUCGGGUGAAGGCUCAUACAUCGAUCCUUUCCCGAUACCUGAUCCUCUCUCGCCGGCUUGGCUCGUAGCGUCUUCGCUCGGUGGUGCUUGCACCGAAGUUACGGAAGAUAAACGCACUUCAUGUCAAAAACUGCUGUUUUCUGCUACCAUGAUUGCGAACCCCAGCAAGCUGGCAGCUCUCAAGCUCCAUGAUCCCCAGUAUGUCAUCGUUAAUAGCCGUAAUAAUUUAGAUACCUCAGCGGGAGCUUCGGCGGAUGAGCCUUAUACGCUCCAAUUUCCGCCUACGCUCAAGGAACACUAUACUGUCUGCGACUUAGCACAAAAGCCGCUUUUCCUCUUAUAUCUCGUGCAUGAAUGCAACGUCCGAAAAGCACUCGUAUUCACCAAUUCAGCUGAAUCGACGUCGCGAUUGGCCAAUCUCAUUGAGUUCUUUGAGGAAUCAUUCGCGUCAUCGCGAGACGACUCUCCGAUGCCUAUAACUGUCCAAGCCAUCUCAGCUGAAUUAAACACCUCGCAGAGAAGGAAAGCGCUAAAGGAGUUCAAGCGUGGCGAGAGCGGGAUCCUCGUGUGUUCUGAUUUGCUUUCUAGAGGGAUUGACAUCCCGGAUGUCCCCCACGUUGUGAGCUAUGACGCAACAAUGGAUGCGGAAAAGUAUCUGCAUCGUGUGGGUCGCACAGCCCGUGCUGGAAAACAAGGCAAAGCUUGGACUUUAGUCGAGGAAAGAGAGUGGUUUGUUUUCCGGAACGCGAUGAAGGCAGCCCAUCAUUUACAAGAUAUAGAAUGCAUCUCAGUUACCGAGUCUCAACUGCAGCCGUAUAUGCCUCACUACAAUGUGGCUAUCAGUCGGCUGAAAGGGAUCUACUCGAGAAAGGGCAGUUCCGCAACAUAGUAGGAAGGGGAUUUGUUGCACCCUUGUGUGCGUUUGAUGUCCGCGCAGGGAAUGAUCCAAUAUAAAUAAUUUCAUUAGGAAAGGAGGCUAUCGUUCAACGAUAAGUGCUGCUAGGCGAGAAUAAGACGAUAGUAACCCCGGAGGACCAAUAGAUAUGACGCAGAACACUCAGUAUGGGUAUGAAGAUG